UCUUAUCAAUCAACAACUUCAAAAUGCUCAAGAAUUUCAUAUAUCAUUAAAUAUUAAUGUUUUAAAAAAUCCUUUGGCAUUACAAACUAUAGAAUUAACAAGAAGUGAUUAUGGUUCUUAUACUAAUAAUCAUGUUAGAAGAGACUUUAUUAAAGUGAUUGAAAAAGUAAUUGAAGAAGAGAUUUGUUAUGAGAUUU